AUGUCCUUCCGCGAGGCAUACGUGCCCCCGGUUCGCCAGUCGGCCCAACAGCAGCAAGCCGCCAGCAACCACGGCGGCAGCCGGACCCCCAGUUUCUCUCAGCAGGAGGGCAGCACCGUUCCCGUCAACGGUGCAAACGAUGAAGAAGAAGAAGAAGAAGACGACGACACCCGCAUCCUCUACCAGUCCAAAACCAGGCGCACAAACAUCGUCAGCCCCUCCCAAGCGGCCGCCAGCCUCAGCCAGCCCCAGGGCCUCCCGUUCCGGCCGCGUGUGAACCCCGGCCGCGCAGCCUACGCCACGCCCGACGAGAAAGUCUACUACAUCUGCGGGUCUUGCAACCUGCUCUCGGGGUUCAAGUCAAACGACAUGUUGCGGUGCCUCAACUGCGGCGGGAUGACCAUGUUCAAGCCGCGAGUCAAGAAGUAUUAUUCACGUCCU